AUGGAGGAAAGUGAACUGCGCCAGAAGCGAACCUUAGCCAGAGUGGAAAAGUUUGUACACUUGAAACUGUACCUGACUGGGAGGGCACAUGCAGCUAUCCAGGGACUGCCGUUGACUGAUGCUGGAUAUGUCAAGGCCAUUGAAACCUUGCAGGAGAGGUUUGACCGUCCGGACCUGCUGAGGGAGUCACUGAUGCAGAGACUGUUGAACACUCGCUGUGUCACUGAUGACAAUGACCUUCUGCAGCUGUGUCAGAUGGUGGAUGGUUUGGUGUCUGAUGUUCGUGCACUGGAGACGAUGGGUGUGACUGCUGAGUCGUUUUCUGUGCUUCUCAUGCCUGUGCUGAAGUCCUGUGUCCCAGAGACGUGGAAGCUGCAGUGGAUGAGAGCGCAGAGUGGUGUCUCCGAGAACCUCCCAGACUUCCUGCAGUUUCUGCAGAGGGAGGUGCAGAUGAAAGAGGAUGCAGCUGCACAAGGGACACCAGCCGCCAGCCCAGCUGUUCACCAGAGUGCGGUGAGGCUCACCACUCAUCUCUGCAUGAUGCGGGAGGGUCUGCUGCCCCUGUGCGCCCACCUGCUGCCCCUGUGCGCCCGCCUGCUGCACCGGCUCGCCAGGGCUUUGCUCUCGCCCAGCGCAGCUGCCGUCCAACCGCCCUGUCAAGCCACCAGCUCUGGUCAGGGUAAGCGCCUUUACAAUGUGAACGCUCAGAGCAGCUGCUUUGUUCAGACCGUGUUGGUAGAGGUCAGUGGACCGGGAGGUGUGUGCCAAGUGCGCGCACUCAUCGAUGGAGGCUCUGACUCUUCGUUUAUCAGGUCGUCUCUAGCAGAGAAGUUGGGCCUGGAGACUGAGGAGCAGGGAGUCUUCGCCUGCGUCGGGUUCUUGGAGAGGACUGAGGAAGCCAGAGUCUACGACCGAGUGUCAGUUAAGUUGACUGGCAGACAAGGAGGUGAGACCACACUGUCUUUUUGGAAAACUGAUCGCCUGUGUGUACCUGUUGGGACGUACAGCCUGCCUGAGAACCUGUCGCUGCCCCCAAGUGUCGUGCUCGCUGACGACUACCGUGAGGGGCCUGUGGAUCUGUUGAUCGGGUGUGAUCAGAUCUACCAGGUUGUGAUGUGGGACCAAGUGGAGGUUGGGCCCGGACUGCGCCUGAUUGAGACGGUGUUUGGUCAUGUUCUCCAUGGGCAGGCACAUAACCAGCAGACUGAACAGAGGCGCGUCUACCGCUGUCAGCUGGCUGACGUGGAGAGGAUGUGGAGCCUGGACGCCGUGGGAAUCUCGGCGAAGGAGACUGCAGACGAGGCGCCACCUGAGCCGACUCGCUGA